AUCAAGAUUUUAUCGCACUCAUACGCUUAAAUUUAAAUAUUUCUUUUAUUUGCCCUUUGCAGAAUGUCUUUAAAAAACAAAUCAUGUAUAGAUCAUGUAGAUUUAAAAGGAAAAAGAGUUUUGAUGAGAGUGGAUUUCAAUGUUCCCCAAGACGAUAGUGGAAAAAUUACGAAUGAUCAAAGAAUUGUUGCUGCCAUACCCUCUAUAAAAUAUGCCAUUGAUAAAGGGGCAAAGUCAAUAGUAUUAAUGAGUCAUUUGGGUAGACCUGAUGGUGUCCCAAAUCCAAAGUUUUCAUUAGAACCAAUUGCUAAACAAUUAGAGACGCUUUUAGGAGUGAAAGUAACAUUUUUGCAUGAAUGUGUUGGGCCAGAAGUUGAAAAAGCUUGUGCUGAUCCUAAACCUGGUUCUGUUAUCCUAUUAGAAAAUUUAAGGUUUCAUGUUGAAGAAGAGGGCAAGGGAUUAGAUGUCAAUGGAAAUAAAGUCAAAGCAAGCAAAGAAGCCACAGAAAAAUUCAGUGCUUCUUUAUCUAAGUUAGGUGACGUUUUUAUUAAUGAUGCCUUUGGAACUGCCCACAGAGCUCAUAGUUCCAUGGUGGGUAUCAAGCUGCCUGUCAGAGCUGCAGGAUUUUUGAUGAAAAAGGAGCUUCAGUAUUUCUCGAAAGCCUUAGAAACUCCAGAAAAACCAUUUUUAGCCAUUUUAGGAGGAGCCAAAGUUAAAGACAAAAUUCAAUUGAUCGAAAACUUGUUGGACAAGGUUACCGAAAUGAUUAUAGGUGGAGGUAUGGCAUACACAUUCUUGAGAGUUCUGGAUAAUAUGCAAAUUGGAUCAUCACUUUUUGACGAAGAAGGUUCAAAGAUAGUUACGGAUAUCAAGGCCAAAGCCGCUAAAAAUAACGUUAAAUUACAUUUGCCUACGGACUUUAUCAUAGCGGAUAAAUUCGCGGCCGAUGCCCAGACCAAAACGGUCGACGUCAAAAGUGGCAUACCCAAUAAUUGGAUGGGUUUGGACAUAGGUCCUGAAACCAGAAAGAACUUUAAAAACGUUGUAUUGAACUCCAAAACCAUUGUGUGGAACGGGCCGAUGGGUGUUUUUGAGAUGGAUAAAUUUUCUCAAGGGACUAAAGACCUCAUGGACGCAGUUGUGGAAGCCACUAAAAAAGGGGCCACAACCAUUAUAGGUGGUGGUGAUACGGCAACGUGUUGCGCAAAAUGGAACACUGAGGAUAAAGUUAGUCAUGUUAGUACUGGUGGUGGCGCGAGCUUAGAAUUACUUGAAGGCAAGACUUUACCUGGCGUCGCCUAUUUGACAGAAGCUAAAUGAACGCAAUAUUCACGAAAAUUUGCCCGAAAUAUUAGAUUUAAAAAAAUAUAUAUUUAAUUAUUAAUUUUUCCUGUCUAAAUAUUUUUAAAAAAAUCAAAUAUUUGUCCAUUAGUUAAUUUUAUUGAAAUUGGUUUAAAUCUAUCCCUGUUAUCAAUUAUAUAUUGCAAAAAUCACCGUCUUUUAAUACUUUUCCUUUAUACGCUUUUAUGAUUGGAGUUGGA